AUGGAAACCGAUACCAGUAUUGCUUCUGCAACUGAAAACCAUACCCAUAAGCAUUAUCACAUACACCCACCUCAACCCCAUGGGCACCGUGACAUUCUCCCUUCCUCAUCCGUUCUUAUUAUAGUUAUUCCGAUCGUUAUCAUGUUCUUAAUUCUCGCAAUUCUGUUGUUAAUUGUAAUGCUCCGACGCCUACAAUCUGCGAAAUGCAAUCGCAACCCAAAAAGUAGUAAAAGUGUAAUCAACAACAGCAAUUGCAUGUUUGUUGCUCAUAGCACCAUAAACAUCAAUUCCAGUCCAGCUGAAGCGAAGAGCGGCGGGUGUCUGUACGGAACAGGUUCGUGUCGCGCGCAGCAACCUAAAUUGAGAGAUGCUCAAGUAUUUACAUUCAGGGAGCUGGAAAUGGCUACAGAUAAAUUUAGUGAAGCAAAAUUGAUAGGGAAUGGGGCGUAUGGAGUAGUUUACAGAGGGGUCCUCAGUGAUGGGACUGUGGCCGCGAUUAAGAUGUUGCACCGUGAAGGCAGGCAAGGAGAACGUGCUUUUCGGUUAGAGGUAGAUUUACUGAGCCGCUUGCACUGUCCAUACACAACGCAACUUCUAGGAUACUGUGCAGAUCAAAACCACAGACUACUUGUUUUUGAAUACAUGCCAAAUGGAUCUCUCCAAAAGCAUCUCCAUCUUGGCAAGAAUAAAUCCAAAACGAUGCCAUUGAAUUGGGGAAUUCGAUUGAGAAUAGCCCUGGAUUGCGGCAGGGCCCUAGAAUACUUGCAUGAACACACCACACCAUCCAUCAUUCACCGCAACUUUAAAUGCAGUAGUAUCCUGUUGGAUCAAAAUUUCAGGGCUAAAUUGUCUGGUUUUGGGUUGGCUAAAAUAGGCUCAGGCAAGCUCAAUGGCCUAAUUUCAACUCGUGUUCUAGGGACCACGGGAUAUUUGGCCCCCGAGUAUGCUUCAACCGGCAAGCUUACCACGAAAUCAGACGUAUACAGUUACGGCGUGAUUCUUUUAGAGCUCUUAACAGGCCGCGUGCCUAUUGAUGCCAAUCGUCCUCCUGGAGAACACGUCCUAGUCUCUUGGGCUCUUCCACGUUUAACAAACAGAGAUAAAGUACAGGAAAUGGUGGAUCCUGCUCUACAAGGCCAAUAUUCGAACAAGGAUCUAAUUCAAGUGGCUGCUAUUGCAGCUAUGUGUGUACAAACUGAAGCUGAUUAUCGACCUCUAAUGACAGAUGUCGUCCAGUCCUUGAUCCCUUUAGUAAAAAAUCUCUCUUCGGCGUGUUCCUCCUCCAAUUCACUCCGAUUGGAAUGCGACCUGAACUUACCAAGACCUAACAUAGUAGACUUUAGUAUAGACGAGGAACAAAGGGGCUGGUUUGGAUAUUCAAAACUCGGGUUGACUUUCAGUGCAGCCGGCUACUUGGGUAACAAAUGCAUCAUUUCUCAAAUGGCUGGUGCUUUCCACAUUAGUCAACUCCGGUACAUGGCCGGCUUGUGGAACCAAAUUAGCUCUACAAACCGGACAGGUAACAUGAGAGUCAAGCCAUGCGCCGAUGCAUUCAAGGGGGAAGACAAGACUACAUUUGUGUAUCGAACACAAGAAUAUGAGAAAGUCAGGAAAGAUACUAUGACCGAAGGGUCCAGCCCAACUGCAGCGGCAGCACUGUGGGAGUGCAUGGACCGAUUGAAGCAGUACUGGAUGUAG